GUGGAGAGUCUCAGGCAGAUAGGCUAAUCAGCAGCAGACAGGAAAGACAACAAGGGGAUAGUAAAAAAUGGGGCUCAUUCAAUGAGGCUGAAAUCAGGAAUUUCCAAGUGGAAGAAUCAGUCAUGCAAGAGAUCUGCAUUGGUAGAAAGUCUUCAAUUACAUCCAGCACAAAACCCGGAGAUGUUACAAGCAUGGUCUCUCACCUCAGUAUGGACAUUGAAGAUUAUCUUGAACACAGGCCUCUAGCGAUGAGUGCUUCUCUAGAUGACCUCGUCAAAGAUGAAUGUGAACAGGUUGUUGUAAAGCGUGAUGGCAAACGACAUCCCCCAAAUAUCAAGAAGCCAAUUAGGAAAAAAAUCCGAGACAGGGAGCGAUCCGGGUGUAGUAGCUCUGAGGAAGAACUGGAAAGGAUGGGCUCUCAGGAGUCUUUAGAUGGCGACAGCAUUCUUAAGGAGAAUGGCCUCAUCCCCAUCGCAGUUAUGGAUCCUCCAGCUUCUCCUCUAGUGGUUGAGACACCUAUAGGAUCUAUAAAAGACAGGGUGAAAGCUCUACAGAAUAAAGUUGAAGACGAGGACGUGCAAAGAAAUACUCAAGUUCCAAAAUAUGAUGCAAAAUCCUCUGUCCCCACAAGGACUGUGGAAGGAGACAUGCCAGAACUUCCCAAAGUUCCAAAGUCUCCCAAGUCUCCCAGAUCCCAGACAGAAAGGUUGGAGGAGACAAUGUCUGUUAGGGAGCUGAUGCAAGCAUUCGAGAGAGGAAAAGAUCCUUCCAAAACUAAAUCUGGCCUUUUUGAACACCAAGCAAUGUCCUCUUAUAUUUCAAGAUCAUUACCUGAAUCGGCACAUUCAGAGGAAAUACAGAUGCCAGAACAAAGUCCUCAGCAGGAAACCAAAUCCCAAAUUGAAUCUCAGAGAUCGUUGGUUUUUCAAACUGACAGUGAUGUUAAGACAAAUGUUAAAACAGAGAAUCACAUGGUAACAUUAAAGAAGGACAGCCCUGACAAGCCACAGUUCAUUUCACACAGUGUUGGCUCUGGAAAGACAGUCAAAUUUGCUGAUGCAGUUCAGGUCGAUGAAAGAGAAGUCAGCCCACGAGGAGAAGCACCAGAGUUGGUGGAGAAAGAGUCUAUGUCUGUGAAAGAGCUGAUGAAAACAUUUGAAACUGGACAGGGUCCCUCAGAAACUAGAGCUUCACACAUUUCAACAUCAGAAAAGAUGCUGUCAACUGAACAAAGGUCUACUCAUGGGCCAAAAUUACAGAAACAGAUUCAGAAUUUCACAAUCUCCCAUCACGAAUAUGAAGAAGAGAUCUCGAAUGAAACAGGCUCUAAGAAUCAAGCAGUAGGUUUUAUCAAAGAUAAUUCUGAGGAAUCACAGUUAAUGUCAGACAGUGCUCAUACUGAAAAGAGAACAAUAUGCGAUGAUGGAGACAAACCAGAGCUUUCAUCAAAGGAGAGCAAGUCUGUGAAGGAGCUGUUGAGAACAUUUACGACUGAGCAGGAUGCCUCAGACAAGGGAUUUCAACGCAAAAGCAGUGCGCCUUCUGUUUCGACAUUGAAACUUCAGAAUAAUCAGACCGAGAAAUCACAGUCAACUGAACAGAGUCAAACACAGCAAUCAAAAUUACAAACUGAAAAUCUCAGUUUCCACGAACAAAGCACUGUCAAGAUCUGUGAUGAGACAGAAUCAGCUGGUCAACAAGUGAGCCUGAUAAGACACAGAUCAGACAAAUCUGUGUUAAUUACGGAUGGCAGUCACACUGGAAAGACGGUAAAAUUUGCUGACACAGUUCACUGUGACGACGGAAGGGUUAGUCCACAGAGAGAAGCACCUGGGUUCUCAGGUAAAGAUACCUUGAGUGUGAAGGAGCUGAUGAAAACAUUCCAAAAUAAACAAGAAGGGAUACAGCCGAGUGAGAGAGAUUCUACACAUGAGCAGAACUUUACAGGUUCCCACCAACCAGGAGGUGUAGAAGUGAUACAGACUGAGCAGAGCAGCACCGACAUAUGUAGAACACUGGAUAUAGAGGGUCAUACGUUACAAUUAACUAGAGAUAACUCUGAGGAGUUACAGCUUGUUUCAGAUAUUCCUUGUUUGAGAGAUAUAGUAAAUGUUUCUGAUUCUGAAAGUAAAUUUGAAGAUGGUAGUAUUAUUACUGAGAGAAAGGAGUCAUCGGGAAGGAGCACACCCAGGAUACACAUAGAAGAACCAGUCAUAGGUUUUACUGGGGGUUUGUCUAAUGACAUCAGCCCUGAUCGAAGACCCUCGGAGGACUUCAGUGCUGACAUAAAAGCAGAGCUGGAAGACAGUCCAGAGUACCAGCUGUUUAAACGGACUUCAGCAGAAGUAGACGUGAGCUAUCGGAUGGAGUCACCUGACGAGGACACCUUGGAGGAUGAUUCAGAUACAAAUCCAGCAUCCAUCUCCAGUCCCUGUCUUAGUUAUUUUGGGAAACACGCCACUGAGAAUCAAGCAAAGUAUUAUGAUCUAAGCCCAGAGAGUCCAAAGCAUGAAGGGCUGGAGACUAGUGUUUAUAUUAGCAGCUCGUAUCCCAUUCCUAGAGAGAGUGCGAGUUAUGAUGAAGACACGCAGUUCUAUCAAAUGACUGAUGAAAUGUCCAUUUACUCUGCUAACAGAGAAGAAAUGGAUUCAAGGACAGAAAAGAAACACCAAGAUGCAAUCAAGCAACUCUCUACACAAACUGAAAGUGGAAUCCAGGAGCAACAAAUUCACAUCCACGCGGAGAAAAACAUAUACAGCCAUGCAGCCACAGCAGUAAAAGAUAUGUCAGGAAUGCUCACCCUACUCAACAGGGACCUGGAGCAGGAUCUACAAGCUAUGCCUGUUGGAAGACGGACACCGGAUGUAGAUAUGGUUAAAGAGACAUUUGAACAAAUUGUUUUAACAAAAGACAAGGAAGAAGAAACGCUCACAUUUGGUGAAAACAAAACAGCAAUGGGUGGAGCAACACAGAGAGGUGAUUCAGUAGAAGAACAUUCAAUAACAAAGGCAGAUGAAGAAUCACGGAGUGAUUCUGAGGAACCUGAAACACCUAUUUCAUCAGGGUUGAUCUCAGCCAUGAGCGAUCGGCCUAAAACACCCGGUGCUAAAAUUCAACGAGCAAUUAUGCAGGAAAAUGUAGAUGUGGUCCAAGACACCUUGACUGAAGGACUUCCAAAGCAGCCAUACACAACAAUGAAGGACAUGGUGUCACUGCCUGACAGUGACCUGGACAAGUGUCCUAAAGGCCAGCAAGAGUCUCUAGAGGAGAACACCCAAAAACCUUCUGGUGAUGAGCAGGAAAUUACAGUGUUUGAAAAGUCACAAGAUAUGAAGAAUGAGCUACAUAAAGAGACACAUGAGCAGAUACAGACAGAUGUGUCCGAUAUCAGAGAUGUGACACCAGGUCAUGAACUGGUGACACCAUUUAGUAAAGUCCAUGUGGAGAAAAUGUCUCAUCACCUGGAGUUCCCAACUGAGAAGAACACAUUGUCACUGCUAAGUAAUGACUUAGAUCAACAUCUAGAGAAAAGAACAGUGACAGUACAUCACCAGGGAGAAGAUCUAGUCCAUGAAAGCUGCAAACAGAUCAUACUGACAGGUAGUGAUGAGGAGGAUGUGACAGAUGAUGAAACGCAUGAACAGAUGCAGACAGAUGUUACUGAGGCCCUAAAACCAACAGGUUCUGCAUUGGAGACUCAUUCCCUUGAAUCUCACAUUGACAGAGGAGCACAUCAACUAUCUACUCCUGAGAAGAACAUGUCAGGCGUGUCAUCACUGCUAAGCAGUGACUUGGAUCAACAACUUCAAGAGAAGUCAGGGGCAGCGCAGCAGGAUAAAGAGGAGGAUCUGGUCUAUGAGAGCUGCAAACAGAUAAUACUGACAGAUGGUGAUGAGGAGGAUACAACAGAGGGUGAAACAACUGAACAGAUGCAGACAGAUGUGGUGGAAGUCAAGGAACUGACACCAAAAUCUGAAUUGGAGACACCAUUCAAAGAAGUUUGCAUUGAGAGAAAAACACAUCACCAGGAGUUUUCUACUGAGAAGGACAUGUCGGGCAUGUUGUCUCUGCUAAGUAGUGACUUGGACCAAGAUCUUGAAAAGUCAAUGCCAAUACAACAGUCACCAGAAAAGGCUUUAAUCCGCGAGAGCUGCAGACAAACUAUACUGACAGGUAGUGAUGUAGAGGAUACAACAGAGGGUGAAGGACAUGGCCAAAUACAGACAGAUGUGGUUGGUGAACUGACACCAAGUUCUGUAUUGGAGACACCAUUCAGUGAAGUUCACACUGAGAGAAAGUCCCAUCUCCUGGAGUCAACAACUGAGAAGGACAUGUCAGGCAUGUUGACACUAUUAAGUGCUGACUUAGAGCAACACCUAGAGGAAAGAACAGUGACAAUACAUCACCAGGCAGAAGAAGGUCUGGUCCACGAGAGCUGCCAACAGUUCAUAAUGACAGGUGGUGAUAAGGAGGAUACAACAGAGGGUGAAACACAUGAACAGAUGCAAACCGAUGUGGUGGAAACAGAAGUCAAGAAACCAACUCCAAAAUCUGAAUUGGAGAGACCAUUCAAAGAAGUUUGCAUUGAGAGAAGAACACAUCACCGAGAGUUUUCUACUGAGAAGGACAUGUCAGGCAUGUUGUCUCUGCUAAGUAGUGACUUGGAUCAACAUCUUGAAAAGUCAAUGCCAAUACAACAGUCACCAGAAAAGGCUUUAAUCCACGAGAGUCGCAGACAAACUGCAGAUGAUCAAAUACAAACAAUUGUGGUUGAUGAACUGACACCACUUUCUGUAUUGGAGACACCAUUCCGUAAAAUUCACAUUGAGAGAAAAUCUCAUCACCUGGAGUCAACAACUGAGAGUAACGUGUCAGGCAUGUUGCCACUGGUAAGUACUGAAUUAGAUCAACACCUAGAGGAAAGAACAGUGACAAUACACCACCAGGCAGAAGAAGAUCUGGUCCAUGACAGCUGCAAACAGUUCAUAAUGACAGAUAGUGAAGAGGAGGAUGUGACAGACGGUGAAACAGAUGAAAGAAAACAGACAAACAUUAGUGAAGCCCCCAAACCAGUGGAUUAUGCAUUGGAGACUCAAUUCCAUGAGGUUCAAAUUGACAGAUCAAAACAUUACCAGCAAUCUACAACUGAGAAGAACAUGUCAGGUAUGUUGUUACUGUUAGGUACAGACUUAGAUCAACAUUUAAAGGAAACAUCAUUGGCAGCUCAGCAGGAUGAAGAAGAACAUGUAGUCCAUGAGAGCUGCAAACAGAUUAGACUGCCUGGUAGGGAUGAGGAGAAUAUGACAGAUGUUGGAGCAUGUGAACAGAUGCAGACAGAUGUUGGUGAAAAAAUUAUGCAAAGUGCUAAAUUGGAGACACCAUUUGAUGAGGUUCACAUUGAGAGAAAGUCUUAUCACCAGGAGUCAGCAAAUGAGAAGAAUAAGUCAGGCAUGUUGUCACUGCUAAGUAAUGACUUAGAUCAACAUCUAGAGGAAAGAACAGUGUCAUUACAUCACCAGGCAGAAGAUCUAGUCCAUGAAAGCUGCAAACAGAUUAUACUGAGAUGUAGUGAUGAGGAGGAUGUGACAGAUGAUGAAACGCAUGAACAGCUGCAGACAAAUGUUACAGUGUUUGAAAAGUCACAAGUAGGAGCUGGUACAGAUAUGAAAGACGAGAUGCAUAGAGAGACACAUGAGCAGAUACAGACACAUGUGUCUGAAGUCAAAGACGUGACACCAGGUCAUGAACUGGCGACACUAUUUAGUGAAGUUCACAUUGAGAGAAUGUCUCAUCACCUGGAGUCCCCAACUGAGAAGAACACAUUGUCACUGCUAAGUAAUGACUUAGAUCAACAUCUGGAGGAAAGAACAGUAACAGUACAUCACCAGGGAGAAGAUCUACUCCAUGAAAGCUGCAAACAGAUCAUACUGACAGGUAGUGAUGAGGAGGAUGUGACAGAUGAUGAAACACAUGUACAGAUGCAGACAGAUGUUACUGAGGCCCUAAAACCAACAGGUUCUGCAUUGGAAACUCCUUUUCAUGAAGUUCACAUUGACAGAGGAGCACAUCAACUAUCUACUCCUGAGAAGAACAUGUCAGGCAUGUCAUCACUGCUAAGUAGUGACUUGGAUCAACAUCUUCAAGAGAAGUCAGGGGCAACGCAGCAGGAUAAAGAGGAGGAUCUGGUCUAUGAGAGCUGCACACAGAUAAUACUGACAGGUGGUGAUGAGGAGGAUACAACAGAGGGUGAAACAACUGAACAGAUGCAGACAGAUGUGGUGGAAGUCAAGGAACUGACACCAAAAUCUGAAUUGGAGACACCAUUCAAAGAAGUUUGCAUUGAAAGAAGAACACAUCACCAGGUGUUUUCUACUGAGAAGGACAUGUCAGGCAUGUUGUCUCUGCUAAGUAGUGACUUGGAUCAACAUCUUGAAAAGUCAAUGCCAAUACAACAGUCACCAGAAAAGGCUUUAAUCCAUGAGAGCUGCAGACAAACUAUACUGACAGGUAGUGAUGUAGAGGAUACAACAGAGGGUGAAGGACAUGGUCAAAUACAGACAGAUGUGGUUGGUGAACCGACACCAAGUUCUGUAUUGGAGACACUAUUCAGUGAAGUUCACACUGAGAGAAAGUCCCAUCACCUGGAGUCAAGAACUGAGAAGGACAUAUCAGGCAUGUUGACACUAUUAAGUACUGACUUAGAUCAAUAUUUAAAGCAAAGGCCUGUGCAGAUACGUUGCUACUCUGAAGAGGAGCCAGUCCAUGAGAAUUGCAGUCAAAUUAUACUAACAGAAGACACUAAAAGGGAAAGUCCUUCAUUCUGUCUUGAAGUUACAAACUGGGGAAGCGAGCAACAACCUUUAGAAGGAGAGCAGAUUCGUUCCCAUGAAGGUGAACAUUGGAAGGGUUUACCCUAUGAGGAGAGUGAGACUGAGUCCUCACAAGGUCCCUUGGCCCAUGACUCUGAUGUCGUAGCUGGGGCUCAUUCCUAUGUUGAACCAAAUACAUUUUUGCAACAACCAAAUACCUUUUCACACACACAACGUCCAGCGGAGUUAGAAAACCUACACACUGCGCUUCCCGAUGAUCCAGAUAAAGAGCCGUGUCACAGAGACUCACUAGAGACAAGUCCCAUCAUGGAGGAUGCGUCCUCUAAGAAAUCUCCUGAUUCAAUUGAGUCAAGUCCGACCAGAGAGUCCCCCUGUCCAGACUCCCUCGAAGGAAGUCCUACUGAAACCAAAGCUUACGAAUUUACAACGGUCAGUAAAACAGCUGUGUAUGAGGAUUAUGCCUCACAGCUUAAAGCAUGCGUUGGUCUUGACGAAAAUCUUUGGGUGGAUGAGAGUAAUCAUGGAGAAAGCAACAGGGAUUUGGUCCAAAUGGAAAGCGAACUGGAGGUGGACACAUUUUUCACCUUAGCACAGAGAGUAACAGGUGGCAGCAUGUGCUCCGAUCCCAGCAUAUUCAAUAGUGAGAAUCCUCACAUGCUCAUAAGACAAGACUCGCUUGACGAAGAUGAUGGUGACAACCUUCCUGAAAAAUUCACCCCAGAGGAGGAAAUGUUUAUAAUGGCUGCAAAGAUCAAAACGUUUGAAGAGAUGGAACAAGAGGCUAAAGGAGCUCACUCAAUGAAUGUUAAUGAUAGGCAAAGAUCAUCAUGUAUAACCACAUCUUCCAAAGAGGCUGUUGAUUCCAAAAGCGAUGAGCCUCAGAGAGAAACUGAAAUACACAAAGACACAUGUGACAAUCAUUUCUCCAGUUAUGUGACAGAUGGUCACCGCAUUGAUGAUGACGAAGAAGUUGCAUCACCAAUAACAGGUGGCUCAGUUACCGUCAGCAGACCUACGGCUGCAGAAGCUACAGGAGAACUGUAUGUUAUUCCUCUUCCUCCUCAAGGUGAGGAGGAAGAGCACAUGAAUCUGUAUCUUCCAGAGAGUAAAACAUCAGAUACGAAACUUGAUCAGACUCCGAGUGAUGAAAGGACCCCUGAUCCGUUUCAGUUUCAAGAGGGGAAGCUGUUUGAAAUGACCAGAGGAGGAGCCAUUGAUAUGACGAGAAGCUUUGACGAAGAAGGGCAAGGAUAUGCAUUCUUUCACAUUGGGGAACGUCCCCUUGUUGAAAAUGUGCCUGAGGACAUGGGGGACAAAUUGAAGUCUUUUGAGAGUAGUAACACAACCCUUGAAGCCCUUGACACAUCGUCUUUGACUCACACAACUGCCGAUACGUCUUUAAGUGAAAAUGCAGAGAGUGAAAACUUUUCCACAGUUGGUCUUUGCAGUCCUGUAGGAAGCCUAACUACUGUUCAAAGUGGGUCUGAACACUUUGAAAUCCCUGGUCUGGAUUAUCUAAACACUACCAUAGCAGACCUUCAGUCAGACAUAUCCACAGUUGGCCAUUUAGUGCACCCAGAACAGACCCACGACUCCUCAGACUCUUCUGAGGAGGAGGAGGAGGAGGAGGAAGAUGACCAGUGCUCAGUAAUAGAGAUUACAUUACGCAAGGACUCAAAGCCACCUUUAGUCAAACCAGGCAGCACAAAACAGGUUUGCCAGUCCGAACUGGAAUUAUCCACGGAAGAGUCACGCAUGACUGAGCUUGAUCAGGUUCAAAGGAAAACACAAGGCCUCUCAACCAGGACUAGAUCUGAGGCAGAUAGCGACACAAGUAAAGCGCCAAGUAAGAACGGCAGGAGUUAUUCUGACAGUAGUCAGUCCAAACCUUCCCCCUCAGAUCUUCCAGUCAUGAUUCCACAGAAACCUGUAGCUCAGGUUGCCCCCUGUUCCCCCCAAGUGAGAGACAUCAGAUUGUCCAAGACAACUGAAACAUCUUCUUUGGACACUGAUGACGUAAGCAGCGCUAGUCACAAGAGUCCAGAUUCAGUUAUAUUCACAUAUGACGUCCCAGCCUCACACAGCUCAGAUUCUGAUGGCAAUCCAAUGCCAGCUGUGUCAUCAUCCUCUGCCACAGAGGAUGUAUUUGAAUCCAGGCCUGUCUGGGAUGACACGGUUGAAACUCAAGUGCAGAGAAUCACCGACCAAACUCCAGAAUGUACGUCAGUGGAUUGGCAGGAUGAUGCUGACAGGAAAGAGGAGACACUAGCUAUCAUUGCAGAUCUCCUUGGCUUCAGCUGGACUGAGCUGGCAAGAGAACUUGAGUUCAGUGAGGAUGACAUCCAGUUAGUGAGAACAGAGAAUCCCAAUUCGCUCCAGGAGCAAAGCCAUGCCCUGCUGCAACACUGGGUUGAGCGAGAAGGCAAACAUGCCACAGAGGACUGCCUGGUUAAGAGACUAACCAAGAUCAAUCGCAUGGAUAUUGUCCAUCUUAUUGAGACCCAGAUGAACAAGUCGGUUCAAGAGCAAACAUCUAGAACGUAUGCAGAGAUAGAGAAGACGCUGGAUCACAGUGAAGUGCAAGACGAUACAGACAGCCCCCGGGUUGUGAGGAGGCUGGAGUCCGACCGCAGACCACCCCCUGCUGUUUCUGAAGAGGACCUCUCUGUUGCGUCGCUACUGGACAUUCCUUCCUGGGCUGAAGCUGCCGGACAUACCCACUCAGAGAGCAUGCAUGGUGACCUGCUGGAGGAGCUUGAGAUCCCACAUGAACUGAACCCUAACUUGUGGACCUCCGAGGACAUAAUUACACAGGAGCCCACGUGUUACGACAACUCGGAUGAGCAAGAACCAACAGCAUCUUCCAAGACAAAUCUUUCAGAACCUUCAAAACAACAAAGUGGUGUGUUAGGACUGAGUCAGGUGGUUCCACGGGAGAUUCCAUCCUCAGCUGAUGAGUCAAACACAGGUUCCAUGGACAAACUAGAAUCCCCUCUACCCUUUUCCUUUGAUGUAGGUGAAGCACAGUCUGAAUCAACAUUAGCUAAUCAACGUGAGUCGCCACAGGAGCAAGAUAACAAGCUGUUGUUCCCGGGUUUAGUUGAACCAAGCUCACCGUCCCCAGACCCGCUCCGUCAGACAGAUAGAGACGUUCCAGAUGAUCCCAGCGCUGUGUCUUCUGAAGCCUCUCCAACACCGCCAGCGUCCGGGUCCCCUCAGCUUGACCAGCUACUGUCAGAGCUAGAGGAGAUGAAGCUCAAGUUUCGACCAGAGACCCUGGACCUACCACUGUCUGGGUCCAGUGAUGGGAGCUCUGAAGGUAAUGAGAUGUAUACGUUUGAAGACUUCACUCCUGAGGAUCAAACCCCUUCAGAACAUAGCAGCUCCAUAAUAAUCAGCGUGUCGUCUGCUGUCCAGCUAUCAGAAGACAGCAACUCCACAAACACAGCAGCCAUAGAGUCUGACCAGUUACAGACACCUAAUUAUGAUGAAGCAGAGUUGGCAGAACCAGAUGAAACGUGUGCACGGUCGAGCCCGGGUGGGAAUAAAGAUUCUUCCCUUGGAUUCGACCAAGUGAAGGAAUCGUCACCAAGUCCUACUUCUCACAUUGACCAGGCCGGCAAAUAUGCAGAAUAUUCCAAUGAGACAUUCUCUCAGUCCAACGUACCUGAAAAAAAACCUCCUGAGGAAGAAACAAGUGGCAUUUAUCAUAAUGAAGAAGAGCAUGAAUUAAUUAAAUUGUGCAGUGAUUCAAAGAGUAUGUCAGACAAAUCAUUACCACAGAGCAUCCCAGACCAAAUUCCACUCAUAUGGAAAGAGGCACAUGUGAAACAUGAAGACUCUUCUUCACCAUCUCUUCCCGACGUGACUCCUGAGACAGUGACAACUUCCAGACAUUUUAACCUUGAGCAACUGAUGCCACAUCCCUCCACAGGGAAUGCAGAGACGUUUUUAGAAGAAGCCAUGCCGUGGAUCAGUGGACAGGAUUCAGAAGGUUCCCUGACUUCUGAGGACGAGGACUAUUUUGCCUGUCAGCCCUCUUCAGUUAGACACAAAACAGAGAUUGCAUCAUCCACCUUUGAUGAGGAGGACAGCGUCCCACCUGAGUAUUCAGAGUGCUUCUCUACCUGUACCACUGCAAUGCCUCCGGUCUUGAAUAGUGGCACAGACAGCUCAGCUUUUGAAUACUCCGAUCCAGAGUCUUACUUCGACUGCAAACAAGCUGCAUCAGAGUUCUCAGAGACCGAGUGUGAUGAGUCUAAGAGAGGAAGUCGGUCAGCGGGAGAUCAUCUCAACCAACCAGUGUUAGAAAAGAGAAAUCAGAGAGUGUUGUUGUCCUCUGGAAGUGAAGACUAUGAGGAUGCUUCUUUAGCCUGUGAGCCACUCCAUAGUGCACAUGGACAUACUAAAGAGGUACAGCGCUAUUCAGAAACAUCCCAUGAAGAAUUCACCUUGAGUGAAGCUUCACACCCGCCUCCUGCCUAUAAAUGUUGGCCAUAUGAUGAUACUGAUAAAUCUCUGGCAAGGGAGGUCGCCGCGGAGCUCGGAGCGCUGUCAGGCAGUUCUGAUGAGGAGUUUGUGACCACCAGAGUAGUGCGGAGGAGAGUUGUCAUUCAGGCUGAUGAAAUGCCUGAGCUCCCCCCUCAGUCAGUGACGGAGGAAAAGUACAAAGAUGAAAACGGACACAUCGUUGUCAAAAAGGUCACCCGGAAAAUUAUUCGCAAGUGUGUUUCCGCCGACGAUAAAGAAGAGGUGCCGGUGGACGGAGCUCCCCAGGGGGCCACCAGCCUGGCAGAGGGGCACGGGUACUCCAAGGUGGUGAAGAGGACGGUGCUGAAGAGUGAGGGGGACCACACAGAGGUAACGUUCACUGAACGUGAGGCGUCGGCAUCAGGGCAGGAGGCGGACGAGGGUCGUCGCGUCAGUCACGUAGAAAGGAGGGUGGUGGUGGAGGGUAGAAGGACGAUGACCCAUCAGGGUGAUCCGUCUUUUGCCUCUGACCUCCCAUCAGCUCGCGCCGACUUCAAACAGGCACUGAGUUAUAUAAGUGGUUUUAACGGCACAGAGCUGCCUCGUGUGGUAGAGAGAGAGACUGUGAACGAGGAUGGAACUGUGGUCAGGAGGGCCCACAUGCGUGAAGGUCACAUCCUCAAAAGAACAGCAGUGGAGGGAGCUGGGCGGCGCGAGCAGGUCGUACCACAGAAAAUGGCCAGCGCCAGAAGAGGGUCAAAACCACGUGAUCUCCAGCAGCAUCUCCACCAGCUCUUUCACCGUUUCUAUGACGAGGACGAGGACGAGGAGGAAAAAGGCCGAGACGAAACCAGGACAGUGACGAGGUCGAGGAGAAGGAGGAAGACGAGGAGGAGGUGUAACCCCCCCCCCCCCCCCCCUCCAGACCUGAAGCCGCCCCUUAAUCCUAUGCAUUAGCCGAUUGCAAUCGUAGUGCACCACGGCACCUGAAAGCUACCCACAGUCUUCCCACGUAACCCUGGAAGAUGAACUUGUGUUCACAGUUCGAGCGUCUCCUUCCUUAGCUGGCGUGUUUAUGAUUUUCUUUUCAUGCUCUUAUAUUGUGUUGCCUUUUUGUGACCAAAGAAAGCCACCUGUUAAGUUCUUAAUUCAUUUUACUCUCCAUGUCAGAAUUGUCUGUUUUUUUAGGGGUAUUUGUGUUCUGACUCUGUGGUAGAGCAACAACAACAAAGUAACAAAGCAAACUGAGGAGUACAACUCAUCAACUAACUCACAAACCUCUGGAGGGUGAAGGACACUUUACCUGACAAUACUGGUACUGCUCUUUGAGUAGGUGCUCAGACUGAAAGACUAUAUUUCACACUGCACUGCCUCUCAGACCCAGAGUUUCUCAGACGCUCUGUUGUACCAGCCUCUCGGCUCUUUUGAUUCAGGUGAUGAAGAUUUCACAAGGUGACAAUGAGGCUGUGUCGACACUAUCUUACCUGCUGCUGCUGCUGCUGCUGCUGUGUUUUGUGUAGGCUAUGUGUAAUCGGUCCUUGGGAAUUAUAUAUUAUCUAUAAUCCAGACAUUACUGACAUCGAUAUCCUAGGAGUUAAUAAUCACUCGCGUGACGUAGAGCAGGCAUGACUAAUCAACUUCUGCCAUCAUGAUCGAAGCUUUGACUGCUUUUUCCUGUAGUUCUAUGGAUUGCACUUCUGCCUCCCUUCUGUGUGUCAUGUUUCUGUCCAUUUGUUUCCAUUCCCUGUAUUGUAUGGAGGGUACGUGUGUGAGUGAGGUGAUGCAGUAGUUCUUGUACUGUAGAUUUAAUUUUUUCCAUGCAUGAGGUGCAUUCAUUGCUGCUAACAGCUGGUUUGAUGAAGGUAUUUUCGCUUAAUCUAAUCGGUUGUUUGGAGAUGGAGGUUUGGAGAUCUUAUUUAAGAUGUGUUUGAUUUUAAUUUACUAUUUAUUAGAAAAGUCUUAUUUAAGCUUUAAAUGCCAUUGAAACACUUGAUGUCGGGUGAUUCUGCUUUUAUUGAGCGUUCGAACGACUAGUUUUUCUAUUUCAUGCUUCAUGAGUUUACAUUUUCCACCAGAGCGUAUUGGACGUGGCGUUUCAGUCGUGCGGUGUGUGUUUGUGAGUGACGAGUCUGUGCGUGUAAUAAGUGUGUCAGCGAAAAAAAUGUUUUGCUUUACACAAACUGUGUUUGUGCUCCUGAAUGUCAGGAGGAACCACCUCCAUGCUUUUUGUGCACAGGAUAAUAAAUACAGUAUAUCUUAGCCACACAAACCCUUUUACUUUGGUGAGACAAGAUAAUGAACACCUGACACACACACACACACACACACACAGUCGGUUGAGAGCUUUCAUAUGGCAUUAAACACAGCUCUGAGCAUCGCUACUGUAUGUAUCUACAGCAUAUAAUGUAUUUAUUUCACUCACUGUUUACUUUGUGGUUUAGAACAAUGUAAAAUGCAAACUAGUGGAAGCUCACUGUGACAGUUAUGCUUUUCUUUCAAGAAUCAGCAUCCCUUAUUUCUGUGAUGACAGUUAUAUACAUAUAACAGUGACUAUAUAAAUAUAUGUAAGGGCAUGUAUUACUAUAUCAGCAUUUUCAAGUCAGAACACAAUGGCUGCAGUGUGUCUAUGGCUGCUAGAGAAUAAAAGUCUACAAAUGA